AUGGGAGAACUGGAAUUUCAGCAGCGUUGGGAGUUCAGGAGGAACGAAGACGACAACCUUGAUUCUUCAUGCGAUGAUUCAAAAUCAAGUAGCGGGCAACUUUUCAAAAAGCAUAAGCUGGUAUCAAGCUUGAAUUCAGUUGGUGAUGAUGAAACCAGUGAAACUAGUAGACUUAAGCAGAAGGACAAUGAUAAUCCUGGAACAGGUGGUCAUAGGAAUAUUGGGAAAGCUAAGAAACGCAAAACCAGGAAUGUAAGUAACAACUUACAGAACAGUAAAAUGAAGAAGGAUUCUCCUGAAGAGGUUGAUUUGCAGAAGGAUGAAACAAGUGCUCAUGAUGAUCCUGCUCCAUUGAAUGAUCUUAAAAACUUCAUGGAGUCCUUGUUAAAGGAUCUUAAAGUUACAAGACAAAAUUUAUUGAAAUGGAUGUUGGAGGAAAUGCAAAAAUUGGUGGCAGAUGAUACCACUCCAGAGCGGAAAAGGAAAAAACGUGGUCAGCAAAUAAAAAAAUCUAAGAAAGUUCAAGAGCAACAUGAAAAAACCCACAAGGAGAGCAUUCAAUUCCAGCAUCCGAAUAACUCCGAGAAAAGUAUCCAAGUCCAAUACCAUACAAACUUUCAGGAAACAGUCUUUGCGCAACAGCAAAACAACUUUCAGGAGAACAUCAAACUGCAGGUGCAGCAGCUUCAAGAGUUGGAGAACAUUAACAGGCAGCAUCAGAAUGACUUCAAAUAUGGCAUGAUAACUCAGAACGGCAAUAGUAGCUCUUUAGUAAGAUUUCCUGAAGGUACUAUUGCUGCCAAUUCUACUGAUUACUUUCAUGCAUUAGGAGAUCGAGUUGACUCUGGACAAGUAACUGAGUUCAUUACUUCAUCAAACAAGAACAAAAGAGAUAGCCUCUCAAUAUCUUCGAAGCCAAUUCUUCAAACAAGUUCUGACCAAUAUGUUCAAGUGCAGAGUGAUAAGAGCGUUGUUUUGGCUAUCGAAGCUCAAAAAGGCAAGGGUGGAUCUUUGAAGAGAAGUUCAAAAGGCAAGAAGUUAGUUGAUCGCAGAGAUCACAGUCAAGUACCUGAAGAUCAAGGUGGUCAUGACCAAACCAUAAGAACUGCGGUAGCCGAUACUAACGGAGAAAAGUUGGGAUCAUCUAUUGUUCAAAAUUUUCUAUCUAGUCCCUCUGGUCAGGCACCUUCUUCGAUGUAUUUAAAGUUACCCACCGUUCUAACUGAGCCCAUUGUUGCAAAUCACGGGCUUCAUGCUUCAUUAUGCAACUAUUUUCUACCAAGAGUUGCUGAGACAAAAGGAGGUGUGAAUUCAGAAAGAGUGAAUCAAAUGCUGGAACCAAGUUCUAAUCAAAGAUCAUUUCCAGUUAUCCAGCCAGAAGAAAGAGUUCGAAGCUUCACAUUAAUGGGAUCCAGAAAUAUGGGAUCCGUUAAUCAGAACAACACCCCAACUUCAGGUAUUGGAACUGGAUUUCCAGUCCCACUUCAUCAGGGUAUAGAUGUUGGUUUAAGCAUUCCAGGACUACUCAAUCCACAAUCUCUUUCACAGGAAAAUAGCAAACCACUGGGUUUGAGGAUGAACGGAGGAGCCGUCAAGUUUUCUGGAGGAAGCUAUAAUCUUUCAGAACAUAUUGCUGCAAACAAUUACCAUGGCCUUCCAGCAUAUAAAUCUGAUGGCAGACUUAUGUCAUAUCAGAUCCAAAACAUUAAAGAUGGUCAUCAUUUCCUACAGAUGGAAGUUACUUUCGUUCUUGAAAAAACCAUCUUGCAUGUUGAAAUGCCCUUGUUAAUACUACUUGCCAAGUAA